UGUUUUUUUGUUUCAGCAGGAAGAAAAAACGGACAUUUGAAGCUGGAUCUUUGAAGGGUGGUGGUUAUUUCUGCAAAAAAAAAAAAACUCUGUUUUCUUCAUUUUUUUGGCUCUUUCUGCCAUUAAAAGACCGUGAAAUCUCUGGAUUGGGCUUUCUUGGAUUUGGAUUUUCUUCAAAAUCUCUAGCAAAACGUCUUUUUAUUAAUUCUCCUCUCUUCUUUUGGCUGCAAUCUUUUAUUUUCUAGGUUUUUCUCUCUUCAACCAAGAAAAAGAUUGAAGCUUGAAGCUUAGAUCCAUGGGCAAUUGCUGUGGUUCACCCGGCGUCUCUUCAGAGAAAAAGAAAGCUAAGAAGCAGAACCCGUUCUCGAUCGACUACAACGUGACUCAUGGCUCCGGUGGUGGAAAGUUCUCGGUCUUGAAAGAUCCGACUGGCCGAGACAUUGGGACCCGGUAUGAUCUUGGCGGCGAGCUCGGCCGAGGGGAAUUCGGAAUCACGUACCUCUGCACCGAUAAAUCCACAGGCGAGCACCUUGCCUGCAAAUCGAUCUCGAAGAAGAAGCUGAGGACCGCCGUCGACAUUGAGGACGUGCGGAGGGAGGUGGAGAUCAUGAAGCAUUUGCCCAAGCACCCGAACAUCGUGAGCUUGACAGACACCUACGAGGAUGACGAUGCCGUCCAUCUCGUUAUGGAGCUGUGCGAAGGAGGGGAAUUGUUCGAUCGGAUCGUCGCAAGAGGACAUUACACUGAGAGGGCAGCUGCGGCCGUCACCCGCACUAUCGUUGAAGUCGUGCAGAUGUGUCACAAGCACGGGGUAAUGCAUCGGGACCUCAAACCCGAGAACUUCUUGUUUGCGAACAAGAAGGAAUCCUCUCCACUCAAGGCAAUUGAUUUCGGGCUCUCUGUAUUCUUUACACCUGGUGAACGCUUUACGGAGAUAGUCGGCAGUCCUUAUUACAUGGCUCCCGAGGUGCUGAAACGAAAUUAUGGCCAAGAGGUCGAUGUCUGGAGCGCAGGAGUGAUUCUUUACAUCUUACUUUGUGGGGUCCCACCUUUCUGGGCAGAAACUGAACAGGGAGUUGCGCAGGCUAUUAUUCGGUCCGUUAUUGAUUUUAAAAGAGACCCCUGGCCUAAGGUGUCAGAUAAUGCCAAAGACCUUGUGAAGCGGAUGCUUGAUCCAGAUCCUAAGCGACGGUUGACAGCUCAAGAAGUUCUUGAUCAUCCUUGGCUGCAAAAUGCCAAGAAGGCCCCGAAUGUCCCUCUCGGUGAAACUGUUAAAGCAAGGCUCAAGCAAUUUUCUGUAAUGAACAAGUUCAAGAAGAGAGCUCUAAGAGUUGUGGCUGAACAUUUAUCUGUGGAGGAGGCUGCUGGCAUAAAGGAGAUGUUCCAAAUGAUGGACACAAACAAUCAAGGCCAGAUUACACUCGAGGAAUUGAAAGUCGGUUUGCAAAAGAUUGGUCAGCAGGUCCCAGACCCUGAUCUUCAGAUAUUAAUGGAAGCUGCUGAUGCUGAUGGGAAUGGCGCUCUAGACUAUGGAGAAUUUGUUGCCGUCUCAAUCCACCUAAGAAAGAUGGGCAACGACGAGCACUUGCACAAGGCAUUCUUGUAUUUCGAUCAGAACAAAAGUGGAUUCAUAGAGAUCGAAGAGCUCACGGACUCCUUAGCUGAUGACUUGGGAGAGAACUCUGAGGAGGUCAUCAAUGCCAUUAUCCGCGAUGUAGACACAGACAAGGAUGGACGCAUAAGCUAUGAGGAGUUUGCAGCCAUGAUGAAGGCAGGCACGGAUUGGAGGAAAGCAUCGAGGCAGUAUUCAAGAGAACGGUUCAAUAGCCUCAGCUUGAAGCUGAUGAAGGAAGGAUCUUUGCAAUCAACCAAUGGGGGUAGAUGAAACUGAAAAAAAAAAGGAGAAAAAAAGUGAAGAAAAAUGGGAAAUCCUCCUUUGUUGGGUGUUAUAAAAUUAUUUUUUUAUUCAAGUUCUUCUCAAUGGAGGGAGGGGAAAAUGUCGAUUAUUUUUCUUUUGGGGUGAGGGAGAGAGUGAUUUGGUUUUCUGAAAAAAAACAUAUAUUACUCUUCUUUGGUAUCCCUUCAAUAGAGAAAGAGGUUGCAUGGGAAGGUACACAGCCUUUUCUAAGUGAAAAGUGGAACUUAUUGUUGUAAAUUCUUGUUUGAUUAAUGCCUUCUAUUUUGGGGUGUAA